AUGCGAAAUGAUUUUGACUAUUAUUGGGUUUUGCAAAUGAGCUCGCAUCUUCGUCUAGGCCGUGGCACGUAUAACUCCAAUUUCGGAGGAUUGGAAAUAAAGCGUUGCGGCCUAGCUUUGAGCUGCUCUCAAGCUUUUCUAUCACUCGGAGCUCGUCCAGCCUAUUGCAUUAGUUGGACGAGCCAGGUGAAUGUAUCAAUCUGCAAUUGGUCACAGCUACGAGCAAAUAUAAUCCGAAACGCAAUCUAUCUCGAUGGAGGGGACUUAUGGUGGCAAUUCGGGCUUUCCGAUGGAACCUAUGGAAGCCCUUUCAACGACGAUGGCAGUGAAGACAUCAUGUAUAAUCUCAGUCUGACCCAGGCAUUCAAUCAGCAGUCCAGUAUUUCUAGUCUGCUCCGAUCCAUGACAAAGGCGAGUGGUGUUUUGGCGACGAAUCUGAACCCUAAUUUCCAGGAUGGGACAAUGCUGGCAAACGAUAACGAGCUGAUUCUCUACGGGGGACUUCCUCGCUUGACAAGCAACGCAAAUCCACCGCCUGCCCAAGUGAUUUUGGGAUACGAAGCGUAUGACGAUUCAGCAUCCAUCCAAAAUUGGAGACCUGGAUUUCAACAAAAGAGCACUAACAAUGGAGUUACUCGUUACAUCACAAAUGGAGCAGGACUUUCUGCCCCUAGUGAGAGCCUCGGUUUCUAUUUCAGUGGCAUGCUUGGAUCACCAGGCGGGAUGAUCGAAGGGGACGAUGGGUCUGCCAAUACAAUAGCUACCAGUUUGAUCACCGUGAACAUGACAACGAUGAGAGAAGAGGAUUGGCAUAAUAGCAGCUUGCCAUCUUUCGUUUCUGGAAGAGCAAAUGCUGAAGCGGUAUGGAUGCCUGUGUCCGAGUCGGGAAUCUUGGUUGUGAUAGGAGGAGUCAUCAAUCCUGAGAUCCUCGCUCCUGGCCGAAAUAUGACAUAUACCUAUAUACAAGCCAGCAAUCAAACCAACCCAACAUUCAUGAAAGAGCUUCCAAUCUACGAUAUUGCGUCUCAAACCUGGUACCUGCAAGCUACGACUGGUGAUAUCCCGCCUCAACUUACUAUGUUCUGCUCAGUCAUGGCUUCCGCAUCAGAUCGUAGCUCCUUCAACAUCUACAUCUACGGGGGCUACGAUGGUAUCAAUGCCGGAUCAAUUCCAUCCGAUGACGUCUAUAUACUCUCUGUCCCAUCUUUUACAUGGAUUAAGGCGUAUACCGGACAGCACUCACAUGGUCGUAGUGGUCAUAAAUGCAUCAAGGUUUAUCCAGAUAAGAUGUUUGUUCUAGGCGGAAUCUACAAGAACAACCCUUCACUCUGUCUCGAUGGGGGCUUCCUUCAGGUCUUCAAUCUCAAUACGCUUCAGUUUCAAAGCACCUACGACCCUGGUAACUGGAGCAAUUAUUCGGUGCCGUCGAUUAUCACCGAUCGAAUUGGUGGAAAUAUGAACGGAGGAGCGACGAUAACCUCACCAUCGUCAUGGAAUAACGAUAGCUUGAGGAGCAUGUUCGGCAGAACCUAUACCAAACCCAUUGCGACGUAUUACCCUUAUACGACAUCUAAGGGAUUACCAGCACAGCCCACAUCAACAGCAAGCAAUACGACAGGAGCACAUUCCAGCAUAAUGGAAUCCUGGGCGAAGAUCACGUUGGCAGUAUCUAUAUCUCUUGGGAGUGCUUGCAUUUUGCUCACAGUCUGGCUGAUUUGUUGGAGAAUUGCUCGUCAUCGGUUAUCCAAGGCAGUCAGUCAGGAUGAUAUUGCCAGAAGGGUUAGCACUCACAGUCCUGAAGCGAAGAGGCUUGACAGCGACUAUACGACGUUUUCUGCUUCUGGAUCAUAUAACACAAAUGAAAACUUCAGCAGGUCUGAGAUUAGAUUGCCAGGAAAGACAAUCAUGGAAGCUCUGCCGGAGCAAUUGCAGUCUCCGGUUGAGGAAGAUGCCAUAUUUGAAUUGGAUGGUGAGUAA